GGGCCUCGCUGGGGGCAGGGCCGAGGGCAGCGUAGGGGGCGGAGCCAGGACGGGGGCAGGGCCCGGCGCGGGCCGCAGGGCCGGACUGGCCUGGCGCGGCGCGGAGGGCCGGACCCGGCGCGUCCCGGGCGGAGCCGCGGCCCCGGGGCCUGGCCGGCGGGGCGGGCCGGGGCGGGGCGGCCGGCGGGCGGUGGCGCCCCUUCCCCAGGUGUUGCGGCGCUUCCACGUCGCCAGGCGGCCCGCAGCUUCCGCGAGCCCAGGCCGCCCCAGCGUCCGGAGCGCCGGCCUUUGGGCUCCCGCGCCAUGGCGGGGCCAGGCCCCGGGGACCCGGACGAGCAGUACGACUUCCUGUUCAAGCUGGUGCUGGUGGGCGACGCGAGCGUGGGCAAGACGUGCGUGGUGCAGCGCUUCAAGACCGGUACCUUCUCGGAGCGCCAGGGCAGCACCAUCGGCGUGGACUUCACCAUGAAGACGCUGGAGAUCCAGGGCCAGCGGGUCAAGAUCUGGGACACGGCUGGCCAGGAGCGCUUCCGCACCAUCACGCAGAGCUACUACCGCAGCGCCAACGGGGCCAUCCUGGCUUACGACAUCACCAAGAGGAGCUCCUUCCUGUCGGUGCCGCACUGGAUCGAGGACUUGCGCAAGUACGCGGGCUCCAACAUCGUGCAGCUGCUCAUCGGGAACAAGUCGGACCUCGGGGAGCUGCGGGAGGUGCCUCUGGCCGAGGCACAGGGCCUGGCUGAGCACUACGACAUCCUGUGUGCCAUCGAGACGUCGGCCAAGGACUCAAGCAAUGUGGAGGAGGCCUUCGUGAGGGUGGCCACUGAGCUGGUCAUGCGGCACGGCGGCCCGCGGCUCAGCGAGAAGGGCGCCGACCACAUCCAGCUGGACAGCAAGGACGUCGCGGAGAGCUGGGGCUGCGGCUGCUGACGGGGCACCCACGGGGAGGCCUGGUCGCCGUCCCGAGGCCUGGGUGUGCAACGGCAGCGCCGGCCUCCACGAGGGAAGAGGCAGGAGGGGCCCAGAGGCCUGAACCAGGGCUGUGGGCCCUGGCAGGGGCCUGGGAGCAUCGCCCCCAGCUCUGCGCUUCCUGGUUUGGCCCGUCUCACCCCCGAGGCUGCUGCAGGCUGUGGCUUCCCAGGCACCCAGCCAGGGCCCCGGGUCCUCCCAGGUCCCCCCAGGGCCUCCUGUGCGGCCACCGGCCCCCUUCCUUCCGUCACUGCCAGCCCUCACCCGGCACCGGCCGGCUCCUCCUCAGCAAGCCCUGCCUCUCCCAUUUCCCCCAGGACCAGUGGGGGCCAUCACCCACAGAAUUUGGCCGCUAGCCUGGGGGCCAGAGCUUCUCCACUCAGGUUGCCAAAGCAGUGACUCCUUUAGCCCUGGCCCUCAGCAGGUUGGGAGGAGUGGACGUGAGAUGGGGAGAUGGACAUUUCAGGGACGAGUGGAGGCCACCCCGUCUCACCCUCUGUGCAGAGAUGCUUGCUGCCACAGUCAGAGCGCCAGUGCCCCCUGCCCCUGCCAGUCUAGCUUAGACAAAGGGUACCGGCCUGGCUGUCUGGGGUCUGGGCCCACCGCCCUCGUGGCCUUCAGCUGGGGCUGAGGUCAGAGCGACAGCAGGGACCCGGGUCCCUGGGGCCCUUGGAAGGAGCACUGUCCCCUGGGCUGGGGGAGGCGAGUGGUCACCCCUGGUGACCCCCAGCCCAUCCCCAUUCAGCCCCUCCCCUCUCCCACCUGCCAAGUGUCCUCUCAGCAGUCAGGCUGCCGGCUCUGGUCCCGGAGGAAAGGAUACUGGCCCAGUCGGGCCAGGAGCUGCUGGGCAGGGGUCUGCCCUAGGGGGUCAGCCCACUGUCGGCUGGGUGGGCUGGGAACUGGGAGCAAGAAGGCUGCCCGCUUCCCUCCUCUGUCCUGCUGAUGGGAGGAGGGCCUGGCCCCUCCGCCUGCACAGGAGAAAGCGCCUGCACUGAGGUCUCAGAAGGGCCCCUCGGGCCAAGGGCAGAGGUCCUCCAACCCCAGGACCCCUCUGCUUGAGGCCGGUGUUCGGGCAGAGCCCGGUGUUCGGUCCAGGCCCAGUGGAGAGAGAAGGCCGCCCUGCGGAGGGCAGCCGCUCCGCUCCGGGGACAGGCGGGGCACCCAGUUCCGGGGAGCACAGGUACUGAGCCCGGGCCCAGCUGCCUCGCAGGCCUCAGGGAGGAAGGGGGUCUGGGCUGCAGUGACCGUCCAGGGGGACAGCUGUCCGGCGCCGGGGGCUCCUCUGCCACCGCAGGCCAUGCCCGCUGCAGCCUGGAACUCGGGGUCACCUUGGGCUCCCCGCUUUCUCUCCCCACCCCACUGCCAUGUCCCUGCUGCCCCCCCCCCGCCCAGAGCAGCCCCACCCCCUCCCCGGACUCCUCCCUGAGCGCGUCAGCCUGAGCUUCCAUGCUGCAGGCAGACACCCUCCCCAGCUGAUGUCAGAGGGCGCUAUGAAAGGUCCCUCCCCCGCCCUGGGAUGCGGUCCACCCUCACGGUGUCCACCCGCACACGGCUCGGCCCCGGGAGCAGCCUCUGUCCUCAGACCCCUUGCUGCCCUCCCCACUCUCCCACCCUCCCCUCGAGUCAGUGUCAUUCACAGCCCACAGUGAGAAUGAGUUCCUGCGAGUUUCCCGGUCCUCAGUCUCAGAUGCCCAUGCCGGUGCUCUGGGCGCAGCCUGGGCGUGCACUGCGGGCCUGCUCGGGGGUGCCCACCAGGCGGGGCCCUCACCACCUCUGGGCCCUGGGCCUCUGUCAGACGGCCCUGGACUCGGGUGAGAGUUAAUGGAGAAGGGUGUGAGAAGACAUGGCCCGCCUCUGCCCGCCUCUUCCCAACUGCAAUCUCUUCCUUUGUUUAUAAAGGAGCAGGUGGGGUCCCGCCCCCCCUCCACCCCACCCCAGGGGCUGCAGGAGAGGAAGUGGGGCAGGGGGCCGGCAAGUGUCCCGGCUGCCAGCCACCCCCACAGAGGGGGCGGUCUGCGGUCUGGGCUCAAGGAGGACCAGGGGACGGUGGGGUUUAUAUUCACGGGAGGAGGGUGGGCAGGCCAGGGACCCAUGAGCCAGAGCGAUGGGUCCCUGUCCCAGAAGCAGGGCAGGAUUGACCCCAAGGACACAGGCCCCAGCUGGCUCGGAGCUAGAGGAAGCUCCUAAUUCAUAUUGAAUUCAGUUACUUCUCCGGGAAAGGCGGCGGGGCUGGGGCCUCAGGGACCCCCGAGCCUGCACGGGACUGGGGGCUGGGGAAGGCCUGAGCCCAAGGAUGCUGUUGCAUUUGGAAAUUUUUCUCAUUGCCUAUUUAUGAAUAUAUGAGUCUUUAUAGCAAAUCUAUUUUUUAAAACAUGGGAACAAGUUGCCUUUAUGGAGACUUAGCAGAGCCAGAGUGUACACAUUCCUAAACCAGUAAACGUUUCUCUAACGCGC